AAACACAUGUCAGAAGUAAACAUUUUGUCAUUUUAGUUUUUACUUUUGAUGAUUUUCACUUUAGAAUCUUUAAAAUGCCUAAAGAACGGGUGUCAAAGAAAUCAAGAGUACAUCAAGAUGUUCAAAAACAAGGAAUUAAUUUUAACAAAGAAUUUGGUCAACACAUCCUGAAAAAUCCCUUGGUUGUGAAUAGUAUGAUAGAGAAGUCUGCUCUUCGACCGACAGAUGUCGUUCUGGAGGUAGGGCCAGGAACAGGAAACAUGACGAUGAAGUUACUGGAGAAAACCAAAAAGGUAAUAGCCUGUGAAAUUGACCCUCGACUGGCCGCGGAAUUACAAAAAAGAGUGCAGGGAACGCCAUACCAGACCAAACUCCAUCUAAUAGUGGGUGAUGUCCUCCGGACUGAUCUACCUUUCUUCGACAUCUGUGUAGCUAAUCUGCCAUACCAGAUAUCCUCUCCCUUUGUUUUCAAGUUGUUACUACACAGACCAUUUUUUAGGUGUGCCGUGUUAAUGUUUCAGAGGGAGUUUGCCCAGAGAUUGGUAGCACGGCCCGGUGAUAAGUUAUAUUGUAGGCUCUCAGUUAAUACACAGCUACUGGCUCGGGUCGAUCACUUAAUGAAGGUUGGCAAAAACAACUUUAGACCACCUCCAAAAGUAGAAUCUAGUGUUGUCAGAAUAGAGCCAAGGAAUCCACCUCCUCCUAUCAAUUUUCAGGAAUGGGAUGGACUUGUAAGGAUCUGUUUCUCUCGGAAAAACAAAACCAUUGGAGCUUCUUUCAAGUUUACCAAAGUACUGGAAUUACUGGAGAAGAAUUACAGGACCCACUGCUCUCUGAAGUCCAUUCCUGUAGCCCCUGAUUUUGAUGUAAAGGAAAAAGUUUCUAAAAUAUUAGAGAAAGGAGACUUUGACAAGAAACGAGCUCGGUCAAUGGACAUUGACGAUUUUCUAGGAUUGCUAAAUAGUUUUAAUGCAGAAGGAUUUCAUUUCUCUUGAGAAAAUCUUCAAAAAAAAAAAUGUGCAUCACCAAGUCUUUCAUUGUUGAAUAUUGCAUGCCUCCAGUGUACUUUCAUUUCUGCGUCAGAAAAAAAUGGAUAUUCUUACACUUGUACAUGUAUGUUAUCAGUGCCAAGAAGAUUGUUAGACCAAACGACUAGGCAUUAAAUUAUACUCUGUGAUGUUAGACUGGACAUAAAACUGAAUUUGUUACCUAUCAUUCAGUAUCAAAUACACUGUAUGUGGAGUAUUAGGGAAAAAAAUGAAAUCAUCAUAAACAUAAAUCUAUAUGAAAAUUGUUGUUUUUCAAUAAUUAUCAAUCAUUCAUAUUAACAUCUCCCAUAAUUUCUGUUAAAGGUUGAGAGAGAGAGAGAGAGAGAGAGGAGGAAAGAGAGAAACAAAGAGAGAGAAAAUUGCAGUUAAGUCAUAGCAAAUUAACAGGUGUUUUUGUUGUUUCAAAUAAAAUAAAACACUAUGAAAAGUA